AUGACUCCUCAAGGCGAAGUCUUCAUCAAGGCAUUAUCACGCGCCUUCUGCUGGUCCGCCUCCUUCUACCCGCAACCAAUCCUAAACUACCGCCGACGCUCCACCCACGGCCUUGCCAUCGACUUUCCAGCCACAAACACCCUAGGCUUUAUCUGCUACAUGAUAUACACCUUGGCCUUCCUCUACUCCCCUCUAAUCCGCGAGCAGUACGCGGCCCGUCACCCCAUCUCCCCAGAGCCCACCGUGCGUUUCAACGACGUCGCUUUCGCUAUACAUGCCGUCCUCCUCAGCUCGCUGGUGUUGAGCCAGUUCUGGCCGAGUAUUUGGGGGUUUAAGGUAUCUAGGUUCCAGCGGAUAAGCAGGCCUAUCGCCGGGGUGUUUUGGGGUUGUAUUUUUGUUGUUACGCUGUUGGCGGUUGUUGUUGCGGCGCGGGGGACGGGGGCUAGCCUUGACCCCCAAGAUUGGGCGUGGAUUGACGUGACCUACGCACUCUCCUACGUAAAGCUCGUCAUAACAAUCAUAAAAUACAUCCCGCAAGCAUGGGUGAACUACAAGCGCAAGUCAACCGUCGGCUGGAGCAUCUCGGCUAUCCUACUCGACUUCACCGGUGGCAUACUGUCCGUCCUACAGUUACUCAUCGACUCCGCCUUCGAGGACGACUGGAGCGGCAUUACGGGUAACCCCAUCAAGCUGCUUCUGGGCAAUGUUUCUGUAUUCUUCGAUAUCAUAUUCAUCCUGCAACAUUAUAUCAUUUAUCGCGGGAAAUGGGUGGGGUCUAACGCCAGCGGCGCAGGAGUUAGGGUUGGAAAUGGGGCUGUGGGAGAUGGAGACGAGGGUGUGGAGGGUGCGUCUGCACCUUUGCUGGGUGAUCGGGCCAGUCGUGGUGGCGGCAGGUCGACGCCCAGGGUUGCUCUACCGUGA